CUUUCUACUUUUUUCCUCUUUCUCAUUUCCACCACCCAAAGCAAACAACACACUUACACACGCACACACAGAGUUUCAUUUUCUUCAACCUCAAGAGAAGCCAAGAACUCACACACAGUCACACACACAAACACAACACAAUGAUGCCCAUGAAGAUGACAGAGAUGUGGACAACAAUGGGCUCAACCUUAGCCAGCUUCAUGUUCCUCUUCGCCGUCAUCCGCCAGUACUGUCCCUACGAGGUUCGCCGCUUCUUCGAGAAGCACACUCACACUCUCACCACCUACUUCUACCCUUACAUCCGCAUCUCUUUCCAUGAAUUCUCCGGCGACCGCCUCAAGCGCAGCGACGCCUACGCCGCCGUAGAAGCCUACCUCAGCGCCAACACUUCAAAGAGCGCAAAGAGGCUCAAAGCAGAGAUGGGAAAAGACGCCUGCAAGUUGAUUCUCACCAUGGAUGAACAUGAGAGAGUCACUGAUGAGUUCAAAGGUGUGAAAGUUUGGUGGGUUUGUAGCAAAAUCAUGUCCCCAUCAAGGUCCAUGACGAUUUACCAAGAACAAGAGAAGAGGUUCUACAAGUUAACUUUCCACAAGAAAUAUAGAGACACUGUUACUGGUUCUUAUUUGGAGCAUGUGAUGAGGGAAGGGAAGGAGAUUCGUUUGAGGAACAGGCAGAGGAAGUUGUAUACAAAUAGCCCUGGUUACAAAUGGCCGAGUUACAAGCAAACAAUGUGGAGUCACAUUGUUUUUGAGCACCCUGCAACUUUUGAAACAAUGGCUAUGGAGCCAGAGAAGAAGAAGGAGAUCAUUGAGGAUUUGGUCACAUUUAGUAAGAGUAAGGAUUUUUAUGCUAGGAUUGGGAAGGCAUGGAAAAGGGGUUAUUUGCUUUUUGGUCCUCCUGGUACUGGGAAAUCUACAAUGAUUGCUGCCAUGGCUAACUUGUUGGGGUAUGAUGUGUAUGACUUGGAGCUCACUGCAGUGAAGGACAACACAGAGCUGAGGAAGCUUUUGAUUGAGACAACUUGUAAGUCUAUAAUUGUUAUUGAGGACAUUGAUUGCUCUCUUGAUCUCACAGGGCAGAGGAAGAAGAAUGGGGAGAAAUUUACAGAGGAUGUUGAGAGUGAUAAACUGAACCAUGAUGUUGUGAGGAAAGAGGCUAAUAAAGAAGAAGGAAGCUGUGGUAGCAAGGUCACACUUUCUGGGCUGUUGAAUUUCAUAGAUGGGAUUUGGUCUGCUUGUGGAGGAGAGAGGUUGAUUGUGUUCACAACAAACUAUGUGGAGAAGCUUGAUCCUGCACUCAUCAGAAGGGGGAGAAUGGAUAAGCAUAUUGAGCUUUCUUACUGCACUUUUGAAGGGUUUAAAGUUCUUGCCAAUAAUUACUUGAAGCUUGAGAAUCAUGCAUUGUUUGACACAAUCAAGAGGCUAAUUGGGGAGAUUGAGAUCACACCAGCUGAUGUUGCUGAGAAUCUCAUGCCAAAGUCUGCACUGGAUGAUGCUGAUAAGUGUCUUUCAAACCUGAUUGAAGCACUUGAGGAAGCAAAAGCUAAUGCAAAAGCAGAGGAGGUGCUAAGACAGAGUAGUUCUAUUAAAGAAGAAGGUGAGGAAUUGGGACACUUUGGUCACAUUAAGGAAAAUGGCAACAUUGGAGAUGACAAAGAAAUUGAUCAAGCAAAGGACAAGAGCAUGAGGUGGAACAUUUGUGCUAAUGUUGUGUAGAAGAAAUUGUGGCA